AAUUAAACGAGCCUAACGUGGACGUAGGUUGCUAUAAAUCUUCUUCGUGUCUCUCUCUUUAAACUCUGAUUUUCUCUCCGUAAAUCGGCGAUGGCUGUGGAACGAGGAACAUUGUCGGACCUUUAUCAGAAUUCGAAGAAGCUUCUACUGAGUAGCAGAGAUGGUCUUGAGCGGCUCGAAAGGCUUGAGUUCUCAUCUUCAUCGUCCAAUGCCUUGGAUUCUCCGGAACUUUCAUCUGCAGUCAAGAGGGAUAUCGGUCAGAUCCAAUCGCUCUGCGUUGAGAUGGAUCGUCUCUGGAGGUCCGUCGCCGCCAAGCCCCAACGCGAUCUCUGGAAGAGAAAAGUGGAACAAGUAGCUGAGGAGGCUGACUCGUUGAAAGAAAGUCUGGACAAGUUCUUCUUACGCAACCAGAGACGGAUGCAAGAAGCCAGAGAGAGGGCAGAAUUGCUUGGAAGAGCUAAUGGGGAGUCCUCUCAUGUAUUGAGAAUUUUUGAUGACGAAGCUCAAGCAAUGCAGUCAGCACGUAACUCGUCCAGGAUGCUGGAAGAAUCUCAUGCAACUGGAGUGGCUAUCCUUGCCCAGUAUGCUACCCAAAGAGAUCGCUUAAAGAGAGCACAAAGGAAAGCACUGGAUGUACUCAACACAGUGGGGUUAUCAAAUUCGGUAUUGAGACUCAUUGAGAGACGGAAUCGCGUUGAUCAAUGGAUAAAAUAUGCAGGCAUGGUUGUGACGAUCAUCAUCCUAAUUGCGUUUUGGAGGUGGACGCGAUAAUUUGUCAUUAUGUUAUUGUGAUUCUCUCUUAGAAGGUUAAUGAGGUAUGAAGAUGGAAUUGGAGAGGACGAAGUAGAGAGAUUGAUCCAUAAAAUCCCUUUGUAGAGUUUGCUCAAAGGGUUAGAUCAGCAGUGAGUGGUUUUAUGGUUAGUGAAAAGUUAUAGAAUCAUUGAACUGAUAAUAGUAGAGAAGAAAGAAAAGUAUAGAUCUUGUAGCUCUGAGAAAAGGCACCAUUCUUUUGCCAUGAUUUCAAGUCCAAACUGCUGGGGAAUUGUGGUUGAUCAUAGAUUCAUUGUGCUGUUUUGUGCAUUGUAGCUCAGUUCAUUAAUCUGGAAAACUUUGAUACUGCUCCGACUCCGGAGUACGCUAACACAUUAAUACCUCAAGCUGAAUUGGUCACCCAUGUUGGGUCUGGUGCUGCUUCCCUUCAUUGUUGACUUGCAUUGCAUGUUUGUUUAGAGGCUUUCAAGUUUUACUCCUGUUUGGAAUAAGAACCCCCUGUAAAUUUUGAAUGCUUAGAUCAAAUAUAUCUGCUUUUCUUUUGCUGCAUU